AUGACACCUGCGACUAUUAUCAUACUGCUGGUGCUGGGUCUGGUCCCUGCGAUGUGCCUGGGGGCAGUAGAUGAACAGCCCAAGACUCUGAAGAACCUGUUCUCCUAUCUGGAAACCAAUGAAACCACCACCAAGCAAUGCUUCGCUCGCUACUUGCCACAGUUGGAGAGCCAGGGUACCACCUGGUCGAAAAGCUACAGCAGCUGCCUGAAGAAGUCCACAAGUGAACGCCAGUCGCUGGACACGAAUGUCAGUGCGGCGCAGAAUCAACUUCGGGAAGCUGCCAUGGGCAUAAGUGCAUUUAUAGACCACUGUUUGGAUAUUUCCGACGCCUUGGACUUCUUCAACUGCUUUGCCAAAAUGUCCAAGCAGCAGUUGGCCACUGUGUAUACUAUUUCAUACAACGCCUCAGAGGAUGCCCUCAGCCUGAGCCAGCAGUUGAGCACCAUCGAUGUGGAGCACUACCUGUGCACGAAUCGCACCGAGCACAGCUAUGUGGAGGGGACGGACCGGGUCUUUAGAGACCUGGACCAAUGCCUGCAGCAGAGUGAAGAACAUUAA